AUGUCCCUGCAGAGGAUUGUGCGUGUGUCCCUGGAGCAUCCCACCAGCGCUGUGUGUGUGGCUGGCGUGGAGACAGUUGUGGACAUUUAUGGGUCAGUACCGGAGGGCACAGAGAUGUUCGAGGUCUACGGGUCCCCUGGCGUGGACAUCUACAUCUCUCCAAGCCUGGAGAGGGGCCGGGAGCGUGCGGACACCAGGCGGUGGCGCUGUGACACAGGGUUGGAGAUCAUUGUGGUCAUGAACUCUCCCAGCAGUGACCUCAACGACAGCCAUGUUCAGAUCUCCUACUAUGCCAGCCACGAGCCCCAGCCUCUGGCGUACACGGUGCUGUACCUCACCUGUGUUGACAUCACUCUGGAUUGCGACCUGAACUGUGAGGGCAGGCAGAGCAGGAGCUGUGUGGACAAGCGCCAGUGGGUCUGGGGGCCUGAGGGGUACGGAGCCAUCCUGCUGGUGAACUGUGACAGGGACGAUGUGAACUGUGAUGACCAGGACAACUGCGACCAGCACGUACGCUGCCUGCAAGACCUGGAAGACAUGUCCGUCAUAGUCCUGCGGACCCAGGGCCCUGCUGCCCUCUUCGAUGACCACAGACUUGUCCUGCACACCUCCAGCCAUGACGCUAAGCGGGCACGGGUCUUCCACGCCUGCGGUCCCGAGGACUCGUGCGAGUCCUACAGGCACGUGCUGGGCCAGAACAAGGUGUCCUACGUGGUGUCCCGCUUCCACGGGGACGAGGAGCGCUUCUUUGUGGAGGGCCUCUGCUUCCCCGACGCCGGCUUCACGGGGCUCAUCUCCUUCCACGUCACCCUGCUGGCCGACUCCAAUGAGGAUUUCUCCGAGUCCCCGAUCUUCACUGACACCGUUGUGUUCCGUGUGGCUCCCUGGAUUAUGACGCCCAGCACCCUGCCGCCCCUGGAGGUGUACGUGUGCCGUGUGAGAAACAACACCCAUUUUGUGGACGCAGUGGCAGAGCUGGCCAGGGAGGCCGGCUGCAAGCUGACCAUCUGCCCACAGGCCGAGAACCGAAAUGACCGCUGGAUCCAGGACGAGAUGGAGCUGGGCUAUGUCCAGGCGCCACACAAGACCUUCCCGGUGGUCUUUGACUCCCCCAGGAAUGGGGAACUGCAGGACUUCCCUUACAAACGGAUCCUGGGUCCAGAUUUUGGCUAUGUGACCCGGGAACCACAAGGCAGCUCUGUGUGUGGCCUGGACUCCUUCGGGAACCUGGAGGUCAGCCCCCCAGUGGUGGCCAACGGGAAGGAGUACCCCCUGGGGAGGAUCCUCAUUGGGGGCAACCUGCCUGGGUCAAGUGGCCGCAGGGUCACCCAGGUGGUGCGGGAUUUCCUCUACGCCCAGAGGGUGCAGCCCCCCGUGGAGCUCUUUGUGGACUGGUUGGCUGUGGGCCACGUGGAUGAGUUCCUGAGUUUCGUCCCUGCCUCCGAUAGGAAGGGCUUCCGGAUGCUCCUGGCCAGCCCUGGUGCCUGCUUCAAGCUCUUCCAGGAAAAGCGGAAGUGGGGCCACGGCAGGGCCCUCCUGUUCGAAGGGCUGGUUGGGAGCGUGCAGGUCAACACCAUCUCCAUCAACCAGGUCCUCUCCGAUGAAAACCUCAUCAGCUACAAUAAAUUUGUGCAGAGCUGCAUCGACUGGAACCGGGAGGUGCUGAAGCGGGAGCUGGGCCUGACGGAGCGGGACAUUGUGGACAUCCCCCAGCUCUUCAAGACCGAGAAGAAAAAGGCGGUGGCUUUCUUCCCUGACUUGGUGAACAUGCUGGUGCUGGGCAAACACCUGGGCAUCCCCAAGCCCUUCGGGCCCAUCAUCCACGGCCGCUGCUGCUUGGAGGAGAAGGUGCGGGCCCUGCUGGAGCCGCUGGGCCUCCACUGCACCUUCAUCGAUGACUUCACUCCAUACCACAUGCUGCACGGGGAGGUCCACUGCGGGACCAAUGUGCGCAGGCAGCCCUUCUCCUUCAAGUGGUGGCACAUGGUGCCCUGAGCGUGUCCCCCCUGCCAUCCUCUCCCCCUGUGGGGUGGGACCUCUGCCCAGGUGAUGGAGACUGAGACAGGCCCCUAAAUAAUAAGGGUCAGGAGACCCCAAGUGUCCAGAUGGAAUGCCAAGGGUGACUCGGCCCUCUCCGAAGCCUGUUUCCUAGAAAUGUUCAUGCCUCAUCGGAAGCCCAUUUGCUCCUUGGGCUUGAUUUCACUUGGCCUUCCGUGAAGGAGGACCUCAUUUCUUGUGGCCUCUUCUGCAGAUCAACAUGACCUGUGGGGGCUCCUCCAGACAUCCCCACCCCCAAAUCCUCCAUUCACAGCCAAAUUCACUCUGGGAUCUAGAAUCAUCCACGCACCUCAUCCAUCCUCUCGGCCUGUGUAUCCUAAUGGAGGAAGGACCCAUGGUUCUGCUUUGGCCUGAUUGCCCCGCUCUCUGCAGGAGAACAGCUCAAAGUCAGAUCCCCCCCACAGGAGAGAUUCUGCCCGUCGCCCCACCCGCAGGGAAGGAGCUAGGGUCCGCUGACCUUGAGGCAGGACCAUCCCCCAAUUGCCAAACUCCUGUCCAGAUCCUGAACUCUCCACUUAGCCUGCCCAAUGCCCAGUAUGAAUGAGUAUAGAAGGUGCUUGUAGGUGCACGUGCAAGAAAUGAUAGUUGUCCCUUAGCCUUAAAAAUUCCCCAUCACCUGAUAUUCAGAAACCUGGCUUUGUACCUCCUGGAAUGUCUUGGUGAUGAGGGUAUCCAGGGAAUUCCUGGAGAUGGGGAAGUCUGUGGGUACAGGGGCGAACACAUCCUCAAAAUACAUAGGGUGCUUGGGUGGCCCUGGGGCCUCCCUCUGCUGGAGGGGACACCCCUGGCAGGAGGUAGUCCUGCUGUGCCACAGAAGGGACCUA